ACGAUACCACCACCUCUCCUUGACUUGUUCCGUUACCAUCAUCAUCUCUCCAUCCCAACCAGCGUGCCACAUUCUCUCACUAUUUAUCGCCUUCUUCUACCAUUUUAUUUGCACGCCUCGUAGGUGUCAAGGCGCCAUUGCUCAUUCAUGACGCGUAUUGCAGAGGUAGUUGGACAGGCCAUCGAAACAGGCCAGCGACAUGGGACGUCUCCCGGAGACGGGGACCAUCCACGGUCUGCCCUUUCGAGUCCUUCGCAUGCAACGCCAAGAGCAUCAAGCCAAGAACAACGUGUCGCACAUUUCCGGACCCCGCCUAGUACUCCGUCCAUGAGGACUGGCCCGCCACGGUCUCUGUCGUACAGCUAUUCAACUCCAAACUCGCCUGCGACUUCCAGGAAUAAUUCCAAGCACGAGAACAGCGAUUUGAAACCAGACUCUGCUGUGGAAGAGCAAGGAGAUUUCCCUUUCGUGUCUCCCAGCACUGACUUUCGCGACGCGUUAGAGGUCAGGAACGCUUCCGCUGAUAAGAAAGGGAAGAAGAGGGAAAGUAAACUUCUUGACGAGAGUUGGAAUCCUCUAAAAUGGUUUCACGAGUCUCCAAAGGAAGAAAAGGGCGGAUUUGAUUUUGAUGGUGUCAGUGCAGAGGGACAACCUAGGGAACCAGUGACCGAUGGUGAAGAAAGCACAAAACUCCCUCCUUCUGGUCUACGGCGCACAGCAUCAGGACCACCUGCUCCUCCAGAACGAAAGACGGGAGCAAAAUGGAGCCGGUUACGUUCUUUAAUUCCCAACGUCGUCAAUCAGCCCUCCCAUAGCCCCAUAACGCCAGGCCCAUCAGUCGUCACGUCUAAUGCCGUGAACAUUACUGACGAGCUUAUCGCCGGUGGGCUUUCGACUCUCAUGUUACGCCUAUGGUUUGAGCGCGACGAAAAUAACCAGCGACGCGUUCCCGUACUCUUUCAUCGGCUUCGCAUCCGUGUCAGCGACAGCUUACAUCCUCUACACGGUCAUAAAUCUGUGUUCAGAAUCGAAUGUGAAUAUGCGAAUGGUGCUGCGCGCUGGGUAGUAUACCGGCAACUUCGCGACUUCAUAUCUCUGCAUUAUCAUUAUAGUUUAUCUAAUGCCCUACAACGAAAUGUCGAAAAGCUACCUGAAUUUCCUAAGACUAGUUUACCGUAUUUUAAAUUUUUACAGAAGGAAGGCAAUCAAGUUGGUCACGCCGACUUUGCUCGUUUGCAGCGCGAAGCUCUGGAAAAUUAUCUUUUGGAUCUUAUUCGUGCUGUCAUGUUUCAUCCCGCAGCCAACCGCCUGGCGAGUUUUCUUGAGAUCAGUGCCCUUUCUAUGUACCUUUCCCAGUCCGGAGGCGCCCAGUAUAAAGCUGGCUAUAUGCGGAUAGAAGCCGAAGAAGGAGAAUUUGGGCGCAAAGGUUCAAGCUGGAGGGCGAAGCGAGAGUCAAGGUGGUGUGCUGUCCGAGAAAGUUACUUGGUAGCACUCGUUGAGCCAGGAGAGUUGACCGUCUGGGACGCCUUUCUACUGGAUUCAGAUUUCAAGAUCGAGCGUCCUAAGCGAUAUUAUCGACAAGGGCUGAGUCUUCUUCAUCCCGAUACCACACACGACGACGACGAGUCAAACGCCAAAAGAAAAGAACGCAAGUCGGAAGCAAGUGCAGAAACUGAGCAUAUGUCCCUGAUGGGAUCUAUUAAGGGUCAAAUUUCACGGGCUUUUCGUCUCAAUCACAGUGCACAUUUCCAUCCCGGCGGUCACAGCGAAGAGGCACAAGACGGCACCUCCUCGUCUUCCUCCUCUGUGGCAUCGCAUGGCCCGACUCCCAUGCUUGACCCGUCCACCAACACCAAUCCUCUUUCGGGUGGUGUCGAUCAUCAGGACAUGGUGGACAGCGAGCCUUGGCAAGCCGAGAAGAAGAAGAAGAAGAAAAUUCAAACUGACGUUUCGAAACAUACUUUCUAUAUAUCGAACUCGCAAAUGCGGCUGAGGCUGUAUGCUCGGAAUGAGAGACAGAUGCUCCAGUGGAUAACGGCCUUUGAGCGGGUGGCUGCUGCCUCGCAUUAUACGGGAACCAACAGGUUUGAUAGCUUUGCUCCGAUACGGCUAAACGUUGCAGCUCAAUGGCUUGUUGAUGGGCGUGACUAUUUCUGGAAUCUAUCCCGCGCUAUCCUGCUUGCAAGAGAAACAAUUUACAUUCAUGAUUGGUGGCUGUCACCAGAGCUUCAGCUUCGUCGGCCUAAUAAAGAGCGUUAUCGACUAGAUCGUUUGCUGGAGAGGAAGGCCAAGGAAGGUGUCAAGAUUUGUAUCAUUGUCUAUUAUACAAAGCAGCGUCUAGCGUCCCUACAUCCUAACAUCAUGGUUCAGCGCUCCCCGUCACAUUUCCAGACAGGUACUUUCUAUUGGGCACAUCAUGAGAAGCUUUGCGUCAUAGAUGAAGCUAUCGCUUUCAUGGGAGGACUCGAUGCGUGCUUUGGAAGGUGGGAUACUCCCCAACACGCAGUUACAGAUGAUGCUGAAGACGAGUCAUCUCAAGUAUGGCCUGGCAAAGAUUAUAGCAAUGCUCGUAUUUCGGACUUCCAUACGCUCAAUAAACCUGAAGAGGAUAUGUAUGAUCGUACGAAGAUACCUCGCAUGCCCUGGCAUGAUGUUGGUAUGCAGGUCGUGGGGCAACCUGCUCGCGAUCUGGCUCGGCAUUUUGUGCAAAGGUGGAAUUAUCUUUUGAGAAUCAAGAACCAUUCUCGAGCCAUGCCAUUCCUCUUGCCACCUCCGGAGUUCAGACCUGGCGAACUGACGCAGUUGGGUUUGACCGGUACUUGUGAGAUGCAGAUCUGCCGUUCUGCAGGACCCUGGUCUUUAGGUACCGCAAGCCGUAAUGAACAUUCCAUCCAAAAUGCGUAUCUCAAGGGUCUGUCCAAUGUUGUCGACAACGUCAAUACCACUGAUACCACCGUUAACGAUAUCAGGAUUGAAAACAAGAUCGGCGACGCCUUGGUACACAGAAUAAUCAAAGCCCAUCGCGAUGGAACCCCCUGGAAGUGCUGCGUGGUAAUUCCUUUACUCCCAGGCUUCGCGUUCGCUCUAGAUCAUAGCGAUGGCAGUUCUAUCCGAAUCAUCCUCGAGUGUCAAAAUCGUACCAUAUCCAGAGGUCCUAAUUCAAUAUUCGGGAGGCUUAGGAAAGAAGGCAUCGACCCCGAUGACUAUAUUACUGUAUUCUCCCUUCGUAACUGGGGCAAGCUGAGAGACGUAUUGACAACCGAGCAGGUCUACAUCCAUGGAAAGGUUUGCAUCGUGGACGACCGGCUUGCCAUUAUCGGAAGCGCAAACAUUAACGAAAGAUCUCAGAGAGGGGACAGGGACUCUGAAAUCGCGGCAGUAAUUCGAGAUACUGAUAUGAUCGAUUGUACUAUGGCUGGGAAGCCUUACAAAGUCGGACGUUUUGCUCACACCCUUCGGGUCCGGCUGAUGAGAGAGCACAUCGGUGUUGAUGUCGAUGCUUUGUAUGAGGAAGACUUAAUGGCUUCUGAUCCCGUAAAACCUGAGCAUGAGCCAGUACCUUCGAAUUCUAGUGGCGAACAGCACCGCCGGCAGGAGAAUGGUAUUGUUGAAUCCUCGGUAACUGACAGUUCAUCGCAUACAGCGUCAGACAACGUUGGGAGAGCCCCGAAUGGUUCGUCAGAAGCAACCGUCCACACUGCAACCCAGGGCUCGGCGGAAACUGACGAUGACCUGAACACGGCGUUUCCGAAAAACACCCGUACAGGAAAAAAUGUACCGAGUGCCACGCUCGAAGAGAAAGUUGUUCAAGAUUAUCUCAACGGAGACGGGCCACCCGCCAAUGGCCAUGCCCCAAAUGACAAGGCUCAGGACAUAAAGCGGAAGUCCGAGGACAGGACAUCUCCAAGCGAUGCUCCACAUCAAGCUCUCCCCUCGAACGGGAAUCUUCACGGGACACCCGUCGAUGCCUAUAGAUCUCCCGAAAUAGAUGAUCAAUCUCCCCAUCGUGCGGCGCCAAGAGCACGUUCAACACUCCGUAAAAAUCUGGGGAGCAAGCUAGGUCAAAACAACAAAUGGACUGUCCCAACUCCUCGACCUCAUGUUGAUCCCAAUGGUUUUGAGGAUCCUGUAUCGGAUGCAUUCUGGAAGGAUGUUUGGGUUGCAUGUGCUGUCCAUAAUACGGAGAUAUAUCGGAAAGUGUUUCAUGCUGUUCCGGAUGACCUCGUCACUACUUGGAAGCAGUACAAAGAGUUCGUAUUGCAUCACGAGCGCCUGAAUAAACCAGCUGCAGAUUCGACUACGCUUGAGCCAGUCGGAAGAGUGCCGUCCGAGACUGGAGACGACACCAUUCCUUCUAAUGAAGCCCCAACUCCUGCCGAACAUGUAACAGAGCACUCUGAUGGUCAUGUGCAUCUGAAUGAAGAGCCAGAUCUGAAUAGCUCUCCUGGCGUAGCGGACAAGGAGCCUGCCCGUGCUCGUUCUCGGUCUACUCGAAGCACGGAGCCUUUUACGAAGGCGGAGCGAGAUGAAAUGGAAAAAUUGCUGGGCGACUUGUGUGGACAUUUGGUGAUAUAUCCCAACCGCUUUUUGGAGGGCGAGGACGUUGCGAAUAAUUUCUUAUUCAAUGCCGAUCGGCUCUUGCCCCUACCUAUUUACGACUGAUCAUUCUGCUUUCUGUACUAUGUUGAAUGGUGCCUAAGGGUUGUUUAAUUUUACACGAUACCACAGCUGUUCCUUUGCAUUAACUCCUUCAGAUUUAAUGUCUUCACAUGACGGAAAAGGCAAUCACCGCUUUGAAGGAUUUGGAACGAUUUGCCCACCCUGUGGCGGUGGCAAUCUAUUUCUUCGCCCAUCCCCGGGUUUGGAAAGUUUUCUAGAGUUCAGUAGAUAUGUAAAACGGCCGUUUAACCUUCUAUCUGGGCGAUUUCUCGACCGAGAAUUUUGAUACAGUGCUUUGAAUCGCCUCGAACAGCCUUGGCGUGCGGCGAAAAGCGGACGUGAUGCAUGGUCGACGGAGGCAGUAUCUAAAAAUAACAUUGACUAUGAAUAUCAAAUGGG